CGUGUAUGCCGUGCGUGGACGCGUAAUAACGGUUUUGGGUUUUUGCUGGUCGUUCACUUUUUACGGCUAACUAAUUAGUACUUGUAAUAAACGCAUGGGAUUUUUGCGAACCGAUCGGAAAUGUUUUCGAAAUCAUAUAGUGUCUGUGAGUGCGACUUGAAUGUACUGAAACAUGAGAUUUUUAAGUGAUUUGGGAUUGUGAAAUGGUUAAAAAACGGUUUAAUUGUCGAAAAUAAAAAUAUAUAUAUCACAAUAUAGUUCUUCUGCAUUUAUGUAAGGACAUAUCAGCAUAUAGGCGUUCUAAUUGUGGAAUAAUUUUAAGCGAAAUAUUCAAACAGUCCACAACAACAAGCAGCAAGCUGUAUCAACAAAGUCCAGCUGCCCUAAAAAUAUGCCAUCAAAUUCAUUAAAUCCACCGGCGUUAUAGCAAUCCACAGAAGCUGCCACAGUAUUUGAAACAUAAAGACUAUUUGAGAUAACCAAGCCGCGUUUGAGAAAAUGCAGCUUAAUCAUUUACUAAAUUGGGCAAUAAGCUGCGCUUUUAUUUGCCUGCUAACAGUGGAUUUCGUUACUUCACUGCGAGAUGUGCGCGUCAAAAUCCCACAUGCCGCGCGACGCGGUGAAAAGGUGACACUGAAGUGUCUCUACGAUCUGGAGGGCGACAGUCUGUACUCAGUGAAAUGGUAUAAAGGACGGCGCGAGUUCUACAGUUUCACGCCGAAAGAAACGCCAGCAAUUAAAGUCUACCAGAUAACAGGCGUGAGAGUGGAGCGUUCAGCAUCCAAUGAGAGCCAAUUGGUACUGGACUCGGUUACUGUCUCCACCACUGGCAAAUAUAGUUGUGAAGUGUCAGCAGAUGCGCCAUCUUUUCACACGGAGAUCUCGGCCGGUGAACUGGAAGUGGUUGAAGUACCGGGAAAGGAUCCAGCUAUUUCCGGCAUAAAAUCACGUUAUCGUGUUGGUGACAUAGUUCGUGGCAAUUGCACGUCGCGACAUUCCAAGCCUGCAGCAAAUCUAACCUGGACCAUUAAUGGACGAGAGACCAACCCCUCUCAUAUACGCCAUCACAAACCCAUGCGAGAGGCGCGCGAACUGGAAACAGCCGUUUCGGGCAUACACUUCGUGAUCACACCACAGCAUUUUAGCGCAGGAAAAUUGAAGAUACGCUGCACUGCACACAUACACGAUGUCUACUGGAAAUCGACAGAGAAAUCGAUUGAAGAGGAACGCCACAAACACAACAUCAACUCGGUUAAUACAUUUUCAGAUGAUUACUUUGAUUCGGAGGACGAGCAACUGAUAGAUCGAUCAGACACAUAUACGACGCAUAUAAAAGGUGCCGUCUCAUCCUUGAAUGCCAAUGGCGCAACACAACAACAUUGUCAUUGCCUGUCAUUGCUGGUGCGCUGGACGACAGUGGCGCUGGCGGCCUGGCAUGCUACGCGAUAUUUUCACCAAUUAUGCCGGCAAUUGUUUGUUUGGCGUGAAACAAUGGCGUCAAAAGGAACAACAAUGCAAGCAAUCAGAACAACAACAACAGCAGCUACAACAACCAUAGUGCAUAAUAGGACCCAAGCGCGAGCCAAAGGGCAACUAUUAAGUGGGACAAGUGCUGACGAGGCAACUUCGAAAGCUGCCGUAAUGACAACACAAGCCCGAAAAGCAACAACAACAAGAACAGCAACUGCAGCAGCAGUUGCAGCAAUGACAGCUUGCCGCAGCAACUGGGCAGCCGCCGUCGCGCAAACAAAAUAUCGAACGCGAAAUGAAACGACCAGUUCACAAUUAAUAGAGAGCAUAAACGCGCAGCAACAGUUACAGCGCCGGCCUCAACAACACUGGCAGCAGCAACAUAUAGUUGGCUUUGAAAAAGGGCCAACAACACAAAAGCUGGCACAACAACUACAAAAGCACUCGAGGAAAGGGGCGGCAACACUGCCAACAAUGCGAAUAGCAAUUAAAGCGAAAACAGCUAAAACAGCAACAACAAAUGAUGCUGUUGCAGCAAAACUGUUACUUGCGCAUGCAACGGCAACGGCAACAGCAACAUGAUUCCAUCGUCUUUAGAAUACGAGUAUAUAUAGUAGAUAAAAACAAAAAAAAAAAAAAAAAAUCAAGAAAAAGUGGUGUAGAGUGGACGAGCGAAGCACGACGAACUUCUUUGACACACAAAAUUAUUCUCUUCGGCAUUAGUGAUGAGUUCCGCUCGCAUUCUCCUAGACUUACCUAAACUACUCUUAAAACCCAACUGAAUUUGUGUCGGAUGUGUAGUUUAGACAUUCAUUUACCGAAAAUUCCGAAAAACUGACGCCUAAAGCGAUUUAAAAUUUGAGUUUUUCAGACGAAAACUAAAAAGGCCAUAAGCCAUUUGACGUUAGCCGCCAGCAGUUUGUGUGCAAGCAAUUAAUGCACAGGCAACUACCAGCUAUAGAACACUAAUAACACUAGGCGUGUGCCACACAAAGUUACAAAAGCACACAUACACAUACAUAUACAAAAGUUGUAAUGAAAAACUAUUACACAGGUAUAUUUACUUAAACACUCAUAUUACACAUGUACACAGUUACGAACGUACAUAUGUUGUACUUCCAAUUAUGUAGGCGAUCAAACUGCUAAUUUUCCCAUGCAAUAAACCAAUAAUUUGAUUUUGUUUUCAAAAUUCAAUACAAAUAUCAAUUAUAAACGCUUAAUUUGCCGACUGGAGUACUUAGGCGUUUACAUUUUUUUUGCCCACCACUUAAUAGGCCACUAAAUAGGCGUUGUUAUUGCAUGUUUAUUGAUUACUAAAAUUAUUUUGUUAUGAUUUCCAAUAAUGAAUAUUAAGGUAAGUACUUAAACUCGUGCAAAUAUGUACAUAAAGAAUCAAAAAAUAAUAACAAUAAUAAAAGAAAAGAAAAAACAGAAAAGUGUAUUAUCAGCAAAGAAAGCCACUCAAAACUCCAUAAAACAGCUAUAAAUUACUUUACCGUUAUUUAUACAAAUAUACGCCCAAUAAUAUAAAAUUAAUUUCUGUACUUGUAACCAGUGUGUAAAUGUGUGCAGAUGUAAGUACUUUGAAAAGAAAAUAAGGAAGAAGGUCCUUUACUUCUAUAUUUUCUAUAAUUUUCUUUUAUAUAUUUUUUACAUUUUCUUUACGAACUAAAUAAUUUAUAUCGUCAUCUAUAAUACAAAAUAACGUAACAUCACUUUUCAUAUGUUAUGAGGCGAGGAAAACCGAUAUAAAAAAAAACCACUCAUAUUCAAAGAAAAAUUUAGUUUUGGUUAUAAAAUGGUAAUAUAUUGGUUAAAUGUUGGUUAUAUAUUGGUUAUUUAUUGGUUAUAUCUGACAGCAAAAGCUGAAAAUUUUUGGCUACAUAUAUAUAUACAUAUAGUAUAACAUCAUGUAAUGAAUCGUAAGCAGUAGAAAACUUAAUUUCGGUUUUACUGAUGAUGCUUUGUUUCGCAUUUUAGGUGACGAUAUAAAUAUUCAUUUAUUAAAGCCUAACUUUACAACGUUUUGUGUAUGCAGUGUGACAAAAAAUUACACGGAAAUUGUAAAUAAAACACAAAAUAUUGAAUUAUUUAUCAUUUUUAUUUUGCCGCCUUCAAAGUAAUCCCCAACGGAUGUAAUACACUUAUGCCAACGAUUUUUCCAGUUCUCGAAAUACUUUUCAUAAGCACUUUUUGGGAUGGCCUUCAGCUCCUUCAGAGAUUUUUGUUUUAUCUCUUCGAUCGACUGAAAACGGGUUUCACGGAGCAUUUUCAGUUUGAGGAACAACAAAAAUCACACGAAGCUAAAUUUAGUGUAUAUGGUGGUUGAUCGCUGGUACACAUUGCGUUUAUAGCUUUAAAUUCCAUCACAGUCGUGGCUCAGUGCGAUAGUGCAUUAUCAUAGUGUAAAAUCCAUGAAUUGUUCUACCACAAUUUUGACCGUUUUCGACGGACGUUCUCACACAAACACCUCAAAACGCCCAAAGAGAUCUCGUUAUUGGCAGUAUGUUGCUCCGGAAGAAAUUCAAGAUGCACCAAACCACGAAUAUCGAAAAAAAACACUAGCCAUUAGUUUUUAUGCGGCUUAAUUUUUGAGCGGCUUUGGCGUGUUUGUUUUUUGGUUUCGGGUCGGUUUUUCCCCCCAUUCCGAUGACUGUUGUCUUGCUUGCAUGCUAAACUCAUGAACCAUAUCUCAUCGGUAGUUAAUGCUCUCCUUGAAUGUGGGAUCGGAAUUCGCACGAUCAAGCAUGUCCAAAGAGAUUUUUUUACGGAGCCGUCCGCGCCGGGUGAUAUGUCAAGGUGAACUGGAGAAUUCGCGGAAGUCUUAUGAUUUCUUCUGGACAACUAGUCUUUUUUUCAUGUGUAGAAAAUAAUGGGUUUACGAUGUGAUCCAUUUUGGCUGUGGUUAAAUCAAGAGCCUUUGUUCCACCUCCGAGUUUUUUCAUCACUAUUGUAUAUCCGAAUCCCUAGGGUUUUGCUCUGAGCGUUAGCAGGCUUAGCUUUUUUUCGCCGCUUAAUACUGUUCGGCUUUCUGAAAUGCGGCUUCUCUGCGCCUGGAUCUCUUAAGCGAUUUGCGAAGGCUAAGACAUGUGCGGCUAAGUUGGGUCAUAUUUUCUGUCCACAAGGAAGCUACUGCUUCAUGUUUGCUUUGGGAAGUUUUACUGCUGCAAAUUUUUAAUAGCUGACAGGGACACACUUUGUAGAGUUCUACAAAACAAAUUAAAAAGUCUAUCGCGAUUCUUCAUAUAUUGUAUUGAUAUAUCUUAAAACCUUUUUUAACAAUUCCUUCAAAGUUAUCCAAAACGCUUUUCGCAUUAUUUCUUUUCGAAGCCUUGUUUAUUUAUUUUACUUCACCUAAAAAUAAUCCAAAGUCCUAAUAACUUUCCUUAAACGAUUUCGUGGCAAAACCAAGAGAAUGAAAAUUAAAAAAUAAAAAAUUAAAAAUAAAAAAUUAAAAAUAGAAAAUAUUAAAAAUAUUAAAAAUAUAAAUAAAAAAUUAAUAUUUGUAUAUGUAUAGGCAAGUAAAGAUAUGUACUUUGUUAAACAACCCUAAGCAGGUUUCCCUUAUAAAAAGACGAAUAGAGUUCUAGACAACCGAAACAAAAAGAAAUUAACGCAUAAGCCAAAGAGGAAAUCAAAAUAAAAACUGAAACAAAAAACAUAAACUUAACUAAAUAGCAAAUAUUUUUUUGUAAGUACUGAAGGCUGCAGUUCAAUGUAAAAAGCAUUAUUAAAAAUAUUUAUUAUAAAAUAUUACUAUAAUUAAAUAUAAUAAUUACUUAAAACAGUAGCGCUAAUUGUAGAUCAUUUCGAGAUACAAAUGUUGUGAAAAUAACUUAUGCAUUUAAAGGCAUGAUUGUGCGGAUGUUAAAGCAAAAUCUCGCAUUAUGAUGAAUUAUAGUAUAACUUAAAAUAUUGGGUAGUCGAAAAAGUAUUUUCGUAUUUUUUCAAUAAAUGUCGUUGCAGGCGGAUAUCUCCAGUGCUACCAAUCAUAUUGUGUCAUACUAUACAGUGUUGGAAAGAUAUGAUUUAAGCUUCAUUUAACAAACAAAUAAAUAAAUUCGGGGAAAUUAAAAAAAACUUACAGCUGUUCAAAAAUGAGUGAAAAUAAUGAAGAAAUUCGUUAUAUUAGUUAAGUUUACGGAGCUAUAUCAGUUCGUGUAGCAAAAUAAUGAUUCGCUCCGUUUAGUUCUGAAAAUUCUGAAAUUUCGAUUUACACUAAUAAAAGUUUUACGCUGUUGGAAUAAUGUCUCCAGCGAAACAAUGGCAAAAAGCGGUCGACCAAAAUGGUACAUGUAUUUAUUUAUUUAUUAGUAUAUAUUUAAAAGAGAUAAGUUGAAGUUUGAUUAGAAAUACGAAAAGACUUUUUCGACUACCCAUUUGUAUAAAUUAAUAUGUAGACACUGUAAACAAAUUAUACAAAAUAUAUUAAAAAUCCGAAAAAAACAAAAAUAAACAAAUAGAUAUAAUAUAUAAAAUAUUAACAAAAGUAAGCUCAUCUCGAAAAAUAUUAUAAGGUCGUGCAUAGGAAGCAGAAAGCUACUUGCAACCAAACUUUAAAUUUAAGCUUUUUGCCUUUCCAAUGAUAACACGGUUAUUUUCACGAUUUAUUUUUCUAGAGGCUAAAAAUUUAUUUUUUAGAGGUUAAAAAUGUACUUUAGCUAAAACAAAUCGCUGUAAAUUAACAAAGCAAACUCGCACAUUUCUAGAUUUUAAGACGCGCACUCAACUUUCAGUUAUUUACCAGGUAGUUAGUAGUAAAAAAUUAGAGUUUUCUUUAUAGAGCGCACCUAGUUAUGCCGAACAGAAAAAGACUCAACUAUAAAGUAUAUAGGAAAAAAAAAUAUAUAUAAACUUGUAAAGUAAAGUAAUAUUUAAAUAAAUAUUUGAGAUUAAAUAAAUAACACUUUAUUUUGUAAAAAGCCGAAAAAGUUUGAAAAGCGCAUACAGUCGUCAAAAAAGUAUGGGCUGACAGGCACAAGAGCAUUGUGUAUAAAACAAGCUUAAAUAAUGAACUGUAUUUAAAAGAAGACCUAUAUAUAUAUACAUACAUACAUAUAUUAUAUAACUGUAUAAAUAUAGCAUUAGCAUUAAUGUAUUACUACAAAUAAACUGCAAAUAUGUAUUUAUGGGAAUAAUAUUUAUGUAUGGUAUAUGAAAGCAAAUGUUAAUCCAUUAGCCUCCCGCAGCAAAACACUUAAUAAAAUUAUGAAAAGCGUUAAACCAAAGAGUAAACUGUGUGUUUUCCAUUAAAAACAUUUUUUCGCGCAUUUGUGCAACACAAAUGUAUAAUGAUAUUUUCCUCGAAUAAAUGCAUACAAAUGCUGCCGCAACAACAUAAACACAAAAAAAAAAAACAAAAAAUUCAACUACAUACAUACAUAAACUUUUUGUGAAAACAUGUCUAUAUUAUUAUGCCAAACAUAAUUACAAUGUACUAUAUACCCACACACACACAUACAAACAUAUACGAUUACUAUACAAAUACACACACACGCAAACACACAGUUAUUGUGAAAACACUAAAGCAACUGCCAGCGUAUGCAGAAAA